AGUAUUGAAUGGCACGGAUCCAAUUUAUUCCAAUACGUGGACAACGCGUGGGGUUGCAUGUGGAGUCUUGUGGACUCUAUAUAUCCACCUGCUGCCCUUGCAGUUUCUCUCACACGAUUAAUUUGCAGUAAUACGUGACUCAUCUCUUUCCCCGUUCUCAAACUCAGUUUAAUCUUCUCUUUCAAAGAAAAGGAAAAGCAAUAGAAAAUGACUGCAGCUACCUGCAUAGACAUCAUCCUGGCCAUCAUCUUGCCUCCGCUGGGUGUCUUCCUCAAGUUUGGUUGCAACGUGGAGUUUUGGAUCUGUUUGUUGCUCACCAUUUUCGGGUAUCUCCCUGGGAUUAUUUAUGCUGUCUAUAUCAUCACCAAGUGAAGUCCAAUUUUUGUGGAGAUGUGUACGUGAAGGGCAUCAUAUCAUAUAUAUAUAUAUAUAUAUAUAUAUGAAUGUCUUUUGGUUUCUGAUUUCGAUAACCGUUGGGUCUUGGGUGGACAGUUGAUGCUUCGUUCAGUGUUUGACGUUGUUUUGUAUUUUGGUUUUUAUCCUUUUCCCCUCUAUAUUUUAAAGAUGCAAUAUUUGUUUUGCGAGUAAGAAGAGACUAUGAUGAUGGGUGUCAAUUGUGAUGUAUCUUAGAACUUGUUAUUUUAAUGUGAAAGUGAUAAUUCUUGUUCCA